AUGGAGAAUGCUGACUCAUCCUCUACCCUUUCAGGACUGUCUUUUGAUUCCAUUUGCUCCUUCGCGUCGCAACGGGGCUCCGAGCCCAACUCUCAUGCCACCCUUCGUCCCCCGCAAGCGCUUCUCCGAGGACCCGGACCCGCCCCCGCCAAACGCCAGGCCCAGGCUGAUGACUCCGCCAAGCCCUUUCACAUUAGUGACUCCGACUCCGAUACGGUCUCUUCAUUGAGCGAUGUGCCAGAGUCCGACAAUGCUACUCCCCAGGCACCGCGUGCAUCUGGCAAUGAAAAUGAGGAUGAGGAGGAUGAGGAGGACGAGGAGGAGGAUGACGACAUUGAUUGGGAAGACGCGAUCGACACUAAGACAACUGGAGACACCACUCCAAGCAUGGCCGUCGCUGAGAUACAAGAUCUUGAAUUGACGCUAAAUAAAGAUGAACAUCAUGUGUCAGACCUCCUGGAUGGCAAGAAAGGACCGUCCAAGAUUGAGCGCCUGAUCCGCAAUCAGACGCACUGCAUGCAUGUCCAGUGCUUGCUCUUCCAUAAUGCCAUUCGCAAUGCCUGGAUCAACGAUAAGAAGGUUCAUGAAGCAUUAAUCCAGAAGCUACCAGAAGGCAUCAAGAAAGAAGUGAAGAAAUGGCGGAUUGCGGCGGGAAUAGAGAUCCCCGAGCCAAAGCCUCCCCCACCGAAGAGCAAGAAGAAAGGAAAAAAAGCUCGAAAGAAGCAAGACUGGGGCGAAGAAUCCGAAAGACUAGAGCUGGGUCAGCCAGAUAUGAGUGCGGGCGACCCGAUCAUUCCUCUGCUUAAGGUCCUGGUUGCGUACUGGAAGAAACAAUUUCGUAUUACAGCUCCUGGCCUACGGAAGCAUGGGUAUCGCCCAGUCUCCUCCGUUGAAGCCAUAUUGAAUGAGUUCCGGGAGGAAGAGCACAACCCAGAAAUCCAUGGAGAACGGAUUGCUAAUCUUGAAGAAUUCCGAUCAACGGCCGAACGAAUGCAGGGCUCUCGGGACGUUGGCGCUCAGCUCUUCACAGCUCUGAUCAGAGCUUUAGAGAUAGAAGCACGGCUGGUAGGCAGUCUCCAGCCACUGGGAUUUGGCUGGACCAAAGCAGAAAACGCCACCCCAUCCACUCCAUCCAAGACGGAGAAGAAAGAGAAAGACGAGUCCAAUAUGGAAGCUGGAGGUUUCGACCCCGAGAUUGACUCAGAACAGGAUCGUUCAAAGGUAAAGAAGAACGUCCCAAAGUUUGAUAAGGACCUACCAUUCCCUAUUUACUGGACCGAGGUUGCCUCACCAGUCACGCAUCAGAUUAUUCCGGUUGACCCUUUGGUCCUCCCGAAUUCCGUUGCAACUACACCGGACUUUCAAGCAGCAUUUGAGCCACGCGGAGCCAAGGCAGAACGCGCCAAGCAGGUUAUAUGCUACGUGGUCGCGCACUCGGCCGAUGGAACCGGCAAGGACGUCACCACCCGAUACCUUCGACGGCGAACAUGGCCAGGCAAGACCAAGGGAUUCAGGAUGCCUGUGGAGAAAAUCCCGCAACCAGGCCGCCGAGGACAAUACUUCGAGUACGACUGGUUCAGAACGGUCAUGCGGGGAUACGAAAGACCUCCAGACCGUAGAACCAAGGUUGACGAGGUUGAGGACGCAGGCGACCUUCAACGAAAGCAACCGGAGAAAAAGAAAUCGGCCCAGACAAUUGAUACACUCCAAAGCCUUCGCCAAUCGACCGAGUUUGUGCUGGAGCGUUUCCUGCGCCGUGAAGAGGCCUUGAAACCGGGCUCAGAGCCAGUCCGCACCUUUACCGCAGGUAGAGGUGCCAAAGCCAAGGAAGAACCCGUGUUCCUUCGAGCGCACGUCGUAAAGUGUAUGUCGGCAGAAAGUUGGCACAAAGAAGGCAGCCAGAUCCAGCCUGGUGCGGUUCCUCUGAAAAGAGUGCCCAUUCGAGCGGUGACACUUAGUCGCAAGCGCGAAGUCGACGAGCUACAGCGUGAAACGGGAGAAAAACCCAUGCAGGGAUUGUAUUCUCGCGAACAGACCGAGUUCAUCAUCCCUCCGCCCAUUGAAGAUGGCAGGAUUCCAAAAAACGACUAUGGGAAUAUCGACUGUUUUGUUCCUACUAUGGUGCCUCGUGGCGCGGUUCAUGUCCCGCUCCCUGGGACUGUCCGAAUCUGCAAGAAGCUGGGCAUUGAUUACGCAGAGGCGGUGACUGGUUUCGAAUUCGGUUCAAAGAUGGCAGUACCCGUGAUUCAAGGUGUAGUCAUUGCUGCUGAAAAUGAGGAUCUACUGAAAGAUGCCUGGCGAAUCGACGCUGCUGAGAAACGCAAACGCGAGGAGCUCAAAGCUGAGAAGCGAAUUUUGCAGACAUGGCGCAAGUUCCUUUUCGGUUUGCGCAUCAUGGAACGAGUCCGUGAAGAAUAUGGCGGUGACCCGGAUGCAGAUCGCGAGCGAGAUUCUCAUAAUCCAUUUGCCACUCGGAAGAAACACCAGGAGCAUGCCUCUGAUGAUGGGUACGAGGAGGAUCAUCUCGAGGAGUCUUCCCACAACCCCAUUGACCAUGGCGGUGGAUUUCUUUUACCUGGCGAAGGGGAGGACGAAGAUCACGGCUUGAUUGUUGAGCGUCACGACGAGAGCAAUGAAGUCCCAUCCAAGUCUCAGUCUUCCGGAAAUGAGGAUGACGAUAUUGAGGAGUUGUCACCAGCCAUCUCGAUAUCCGAUCCUGACUCUGACACUGACACUGACACUGACACUGACAAUGAGCCUGAGUAUGAACCAUCUACUCGAAAUACUAGACGGCGUCGUCGUGGCGGUUGA